AUGGAAAGCAUUUACUCACGGCAGAUAUUUGCUGUGGAUGGCAUUCGUGGCUUCUAUCGAGGAUAUGUGGCGUCUCUUCUCACAUACAUCCCCAACAGUGCCGUUUGGUGGCCGUUUUACCACUUCUAUGCAGAACAGUUGUCUAAGAUGGCUCCCAGUAACUGCCCACAUCUAGUGCUGCAGGCAAUGGCUGGACCUCUGGCAGCUGCCACUGCCUCCACUGUCACCAACCCCAUGGAUAUCGUCAGGGCCCGGGUUCAGGUGGAGGGCAGGACAUCAGUCAUUGAGACCUUCAACCAGCUGAUCAGAGAGGAGGGAUUCUGGGGGAUGACCAAAGGCCUCUCUGCUCGCAUCAUAGCCUCAGCGCCCACAGCAAUAGUCAUGGUAGUCGGUUAUGAAACUCUCAAAAAGCUCAGCUUACGCCCAGAGCUGGUUGACUCCCGACACUGGUAAAAAAAAAAGAAACUUUACAGUGUCUGUCAUCUCCCCUAUGACUUCUUCACUCCACCUUAUUUUCCAUUUUUGCCUUUUAAAUCUCCACCCUUGUGAUGUUUCAGUGUGACAGUGCUGAUUGCUUUUGGGUGAUUAUGAAAUUAUAAUUUUUUUAUCUAAUAGUAACACUGCAGCUUUUGAGCUCUGUGUUACUGUCUGUCAAUGGGGGGAAAUGCUGCUCAGGUGUGUAAUCGGUGUAAGAGGCACAAAAGUUUUUCUUGAAUGAAUUUUUAAAAAGUAUGUGAUCUAACAGAUUGAAUGUUUUAGAAAAAGAGUAUUUUGUGACUAAUUUAUUGCUCGUUGUAUAAGUGGCAUUUUAAAUGUCUUCAGUCAAUGUUGAUUUUCUGUAGUAUAUAAACGAUAUUUCUUUUAAGAUUUCAUUUAGAGAACUCACUUUAUUGUACUGUCCCCACAAUGGCAUUUUAUCAGUAGUAGUAAAGUUUAUAUUGUACUUUAUUAAGUUUAUAUACUUAGGUCUUUUCAUGUGCACAGUGUUCACCUCUGAAUGUGCUUUUCGUUGUUUUUGUGGGGUGUUGGGAUUUUAAGUUGCCAAAGCUGAACGAAUAUUCAAGGAAAAUCUGUUGCGGAGACAAUGAAUGAUGAAAAAUCAAAACCGAUU